GGCUUCUGGGCGUUCAAAUAACUUCUCAGCGCCAAAAAGCGUUUCUGGCUCCUCAAAUGCGCGGCUCUGAUCACUUCAGCAGCAUGUCUAUCUGUACCCUGACGCCUCCCCACCUCCCCCUUAGUUACGGUUACCGUGCUUCUCCCGUUGCAACCUCCCCUCGUGACGUUUCUGAGCGCCCUCGGACCAACCGUGAUCCACCUUACUGCUCCGCCAGCCCCUCUUCUGUCCAACCUGGCUUCCUUUAACUGCUAAGUGACGGUGGCGGUAAUGUUGUGGAGUUUGUGCCUCCUGUGUUUGUCUAUGUCAAGAAGCAAAGAGGAAGCUCAGGCCAAGUGCAAACCGAAAUAAGAGGGGGAAAUUGAACCCACGGGAGCGACGGGUCCCGGAACGCACCCACAUACAAGGGGUUUAAUUUAUUCCUCAUGUGAAGGGGUCCUCUCUAGAGUAUGGUGUUUCUUAAACUCCGGGACCAGCCACCGCUGGUGCAAGCUAUAUUUAAUGUGGAUCCCGAUGAAGUCCGAUCCCUCAUUUUCAAAAAGGAAGAUGUAAAUGCACAGGAUAAUGAAAAGAGAACCCCCCUACAUGCCGCGGCCUAUCUAGGAGAUGCAGAAAUUAUUGAACUCCUUAUUUUGUCAGGCGCUAGAGUUAAUGCCAAAGACAGCAAAUGGUUGACUCCUCUACACAGGGCAGUUGCUUCUUGCAGUGAGGAUGCUGUUCAAGUGCUGCUGAAACACUCGGCUGAUGUCAAUGCCCGUGAUAAGAACUGGCAAACCCCUUUGCACAUAGCAGCUGCAAACAAAGCUGUGAAGUGUGCAGAGGCUUUAGUGCCUCUUCUCAGCAAUGUCAAUGUCUCGGACCGAGCAGGGAGAACUGCGUUACACCACGCUGCUUUCAGUGGUCAUGUAGAGAUAGUGAAGUUGCUGCUGUCAAGAGGUGCCAACAUUAAUGCCUUUGACAAGAAAGACCGUCGUGCUCUUCAUUGGGCUGCUUAUAUGGGCCACAUUGAAGUUGUUAAGCUCCUUGUGUCCCAUGGAGCUGAAGUGACCUGCAAAGACAAGAAAGCCUACACACCGCUUCAUGCUGCAGCCUCCAGUGGGAUGAUUAGUGUUGUCAAAUACCUUUUGGACCUUGGUGUUGACAUUAAUGAACCAAAUGCCUAUGGAAACACACCACUUCACGUGGCAUGCUACAAUGGCCAGGAUGUGGUAGUGAAUGAGCUUAUUGAAUGCGGGGCUAAUGUCAACCAAGUGAAUGAAAAAGGUUUUGCUCCUUUGCACUUUGCUGCGGCAUCUAGACAUGGAGCGCUGUGCUUGGAGCUUCUCGUCUGCAAUGGUGCAGAUGUUAAUAUCAAGAGUAAGGAUGGGAAAACGCCAUUGCACAUGACAGCAAUUCAUGGCAGAUUCUCCAGGUCACAGACCAUUAUUCAGAAUGGAGCAGAGAUUGACUGUGAAGAUAAGAACGGCAAUACUCCUUUGCACAUAGCAGCUCGAUAUGGCCACGAGCUUCUUAUAAACACACUAAUUGCCAGCGGAGCUGACACUGCAAAACGGGGUAUCCACGGAAUGUUUCCACUACAUCUAGCAGCACUUAGUGGCUUUUCAGACUGCUGUAGGAAGCUUCUUUCCUCUGGCUUUGACAUCGACACCCCAGACGAUUUGGGGAGAACCUGUUUACACGCCGCUGCAGCUGGAGGGAACUUGGAAUGUUUGAAUCUUCUACUCAACACUGGAGCAGACUUCAACAAAAAAGACAAAUUUGGACGGACUCCUUUACAUUAUGCUGCUGCCAACUGCAACUACCAGUGCCUGUUUGCCCUUGUGGGAUCUGGAGCCAGUGUCAACGACCUUGAUGAGAGAGGCUGCACACCACUGCAUUAUGCAGCUGCAUCAGACACAGAUGGAAAGUGCCUGGAGUAUUUACUCCGGAAUGAUGCAAAUCCAGGGAUUCGAGAUAAGCAGGGUUAUAAUGCUGUGCAUUAUGCAGCUGCUUCUGGUCAUCGGUUGUGUCUUGAACUGAUUGCAAGUGAAACGCCGCUAGAUGUGUUAAUGGAAACGUCAGGUGCAGACAUUUUGAAUGACUCGGAUGCAAGAGCACCAAUUAGUCCUUUGCACUUAGCUGCCUACCAUGGUCAUCACCAAGCCUUGGAGGUGCUUGUCCAGUCCUUGCUGGAUCUUGAUGUCAGAAACAGCAAUGGGCGGACACCCCUGGACCUUGCUGCUUUCAAGGGACAUGUGGAGUGUGUGGAUGUGCUGAUUAAUCAGGGAGCCACCAUCCUAGUUAAAGACUAUGCCUUGAAGAGGACACCUAUCCAUGCUGCAGCUACGAAUGGCCAUUCAGAAUGCUUGCGGCUGCUAAUAGGCAGUGCAGACCUUCAGACUGCUGUUGACAUUCAGGAUGGAAAUGGACAAACACCCUUGAUGAUGUCUGUUCUAAAUGGGCAUACAGAUUGUGUUUAUUCCCUACUUAACAAGGGAGCAAAUGUGGAUGCCAAAGACAAGUGGGGGAGGACAGCACUGCACAGAGGGGCUGUGACUGGUCAUGAAGAAAGUGUGGAGGCUCUGCUGCAGCACAGCGCUGGCUUCCUCACCCGGGACUGCAAGGGCAGGACCCCUGUGCACUUAGCAGCUGCCUGUGGCCACAUCGGCGUGCUGGGCGGGCUGCUGCAAGCUGCUCAAUCCAUGGAGAUCCUUCCCAUUGUAACAGAUCAUCGUGGCUACACACCACUGCACUGGGCCUGUUACAAUGGGCAUGACACCUGUGUUGAACUUCUCCUGGAACAGGAGAUUUUCCAGAAGAUGGAUGGCAAUUCUUUCAGCCCAUUGCACUGUGCUGUGAUAAACGACAAUGAAGGUGCUGCUGAAAUGUUAAUAGAUGCACUGGGUGCUAAAAUUGUCAACUGUACAGAUUCUAAAAUGAGGACGCCUCUUCAUGCUGCAGCCUAUACAGACCAUGUCGAAUGUUUGCAGCUGUUGCUCAGUCACAACGCUCAAGUAAAUGCAGUUGAUUCAUCUGGAAAAACUCCAUUAAUAAUGGCAGCAGAAAAUGGACAGACCAAUGCCGUUGAAGUUUUGGUGAGCAGCGCAAAGGCAGACCUCAACUUGCAAGAUGCUAACAAAAACACAGCUCUUCACUGGGCUUGUAGCAAGGGCCAUGAAACUAGUGCCUUGUUAAUAUUGGAGAAGAUAACCGAUCGGAACCUCAUCAACUCCACCAACACAGCUUUACAAACGCCCUUGCAUGUGGCUGCCCGCCAUGGUCUGACUGUGGUAGUACAAGAACUUUUAGGAAAAGGUGCUAGUGUUCUUGCUGUAGAUGAAAAUGGUUACACACCCGCCUUGGCAUGUGCCCCGAACAAAGACGUUGCUGACUGCCUCGCUCUUAUCUUGGCUACCAUGAUGCCUGUGUCUCCUAACGCUACUUUGCCCACCCUUAGUUUUAAUGCCAUUAAUCACUACACCAACGCUUCCAAGACCGUCGCCUUCGACUCGCUGUCCAUCUUGAGGAAUGAACACGGCUCCUACUGCAGUUUCAACAACAUUGGAAGGGAGGACGGAUACCCUUACAAUGAAGACGAUGAACUCAAUGACUCGGACUCUGAGACCUAUUGAGCAUGCUGGAGAGGACUCUGUAUGAAUCCCUGUGUGAACGACCGAGGAAUGAACUGAAGGAGAGCUUUGACUAUCCGAACAUGGAGAGCUCAAACAAGAUUUCAUUGGCUGGCAUUGUUGUUUCUUGAGUGACUAUCAGAUGAGCCUCAAGUGUGUAAAAAUGGAAGGAUACUGAGCUUUGAGUGGGUUUCAUUAUCAAAGCUGAUGGCAAAAAGAAAAGCCAAUUACUUUAUUAUCCUGUACCUUUAAUAUUUAAUUUCCAGUGCCAGAAGUCAUUUCAGCAGUGUACGCUGCUACUAAAAUGUGUUAUUUAGAAUGAAGCAACAUUUUAAAAUGGGACUCUAAAUAUAAAACAUUGUUGUUGGCAAUAAACCAGUGUGAGAUGUUAGCAUUUGAUCUCAGUAAGUUGCCAAAGGGACCAAAUAGUUAAACUUUUUUCAACCUAUUGUGAGCAAGUCUAGGAUUCAAUUUAGUUAAAUGUAUUAGAAGAUUGAUUAAUUUAUUAUAAUGGAAAGGCAAUAAAGUAAUUCUUAAUCAUUACUUUGCUAAGAGCGUAAAUCCAAAAGCCUCAAGUGCAUACAAGAAAUGCAAUAUACAUGGGGAGAGGAACUUACUUUUGAGACAUUUUAACAAAAUUGUCUUACUUUUCUAAUAAAUAAUAUUGACUAGCUAAUAUGUUGAUGUCAGGGUUGUACAUUUCACACUGUAAAUGAAUGUCAAUUACAGUCAGUUUUUGAAAUCCUUGUUUUAUUGUAAUGGCUUUUUUUUUUUUUUUAAAAUAAGCAUUUGAGUGAAGUGGGUGAAACACAUCAGAAUGAACUCACUUGUUCAGUAUAAUGGCCCCACAUGUGCAUUUUUAGUUAUGUGCUAUAUCUCUGCAUUUUAUGAUCUGUGUUGGUCUUAGUAUUGUUUUGUUUUGGUGCCUUCGUGUUUUUAAUAGUUGGGGUCAUUGGGUCAAUGGGUGGCAAACUUAAGAAACGCUACAUUAAAGACUUGGCCCUGAGAUUAUUUAAAGUUUGACACUAAUUUUAUGUAAAGCAAGACACUGCAUUAGCACAGAAAACUGAAAUAGUUUGCUUUGAAAUGAAGAACACUGUAUAAAACCAAUGCCAGGAUUGCAUGGUUUUUAUCUUCGGUCUAAAAACAAAUACAGCUUGUUUUACUCUGUUGUAUUUUGUUGUUGAUUCUCAUUUAUUGCCAUUUGUAUGCAUUUUACAGGCUUUGCUUUUUAUAUGGAAGAUAUUGCCAGUCUUGCAUGUCACCUUUUAACGAUAAAGAAACUUAUUUUCAGUGUAUUUUAAACUGGAACUCUGUACAGUAUAUCAGCUGGUUUUCUGAAAAGAAAGUGUGGGACGGGACAAUUUCAUCUGUUUUUAAUACACUUUGUGAUUCUAUUUUGAAGAGAUGAAAUGAUAGCAUGUAUAUAGGAAAUAGUGACUGCUUGGAUACUAUACCUACCUGCACUCUUUUAAAUACAUAUCUGAGAUUCCUGUAUAUUUUAUGGAUUAUAAUAAAAUCCACAUGUGGGUUAUAUGUAAUUUAAUAGUCUUUUAUUGUUUGGUAUUUUUAUAACGAUGUCAAUUAUAUACAGUGAAACCUGAAUUAAGCAGCUAACAACUUUCUGUGAAUGUGUAGGUACUUCAUAGUGUCUCAGCCCCCCCACGCCCCCUCUUAUUUUAUUUUAAAUUCUGCCUGUCGAGCAGUUCACUACUUUGUUUAGUUGGCUGAAUAAAUACAGGUUUUAUUGUA